UUUAUUCGUGGAAAGAGAACGAAAUCUCAAGCUUCUUCUUCUACUUUAAGAGCAGUUACUCAAAUGUCUGUCUUAAGUGCUAACCGUAAACAGCCAAAAGUUUUGAAAUUGUCCAAAGAAGAUAUUGUCAGACAUAUUACUGUUGAUUCUGCAUGGAAGUUAUAUCAACAGAAAAAAAAAGAAUUGUUAAGAAAAAACUUGAAAGAUAGAUAUGAUUCAAUUCUCGAUGCUGCAAAUGAUUUAAAGUCUCUUUAUCCUAAAUUAUAUGAAUCCUCAAUAACAAAUGUAAAUAAAACAAAAUCUAAAUCACCAAAUAGAUUUCCUAUUGAAUUAAGAGUUCCAACGGAUUUUCCCCCAAACCAAAUUUGGAAUUACGAAUAC